AUGGCGAACGGUGACUUGACAGUUGAUCUUAUUACAAGAUUAAUCGCUAGUAGCAAUAUAGGCCUAAUGCAAGAAAUUGAACAUUUACGUUCACAAUUAGAAGAACAUAAAGCUUCCAAUAACAAGAUCAAGGAACAUAAAGCUUCCGAUGAAGAAAUUGAGGAACAUAAAGCUUCUGAGGAAAAAAUUAAAAAACAUAAAGCUGCCGAUAAAAAGGUCAAGGAACAUAAAGCUUCUGAUAAAAAAAUUAAGGAACAUAAAGCUUCCGAUGAAGAAAUUAAGGAACAUAAAGCUUCCGAUGAAAAAAUUGAGGAACAUAAAGUUUCCGAUGAAGAAAUUAAGGAACAUAAAGCUUCCGAUGAAAAAAUUAAAAAACAUAAAGCUUCCGAUAAAAAGGUCAAGGAACAUAAAGCUUCCGACGAAAAAAUUAAGGAACAUAAAGCUUCCGUUGAAGAAAUUAAGGAACAUAAAGAACAUAAAGCUUCCGAUAUAAAGAUCAAGGAACAUAAAGCUUCUGACGAAAAAGUUAAAAAACAUAAAGCUGCCGAUAAAAAGGUCAAGGAACAUAAAGCUUCCGAUAAAAAAAUUAAGGAACAUAAAGCUUCCGAUGAAGAAAUUAAGGAACAUAAAGCUUCCGAUGAAAAAAUUGAGGAACAUAAAGUUUCCGAUGAAGAAAUUAAGAAACAUAAAGCUUCCGAUGAAAAAAUUAAAAAACAUAAAGCUUCCGAUAAAAAGGUCAAGGAAUAUAAAGCUUCCUAUGAAAACAUUAAGGAACAUAAAGCUUCCGAUGAAGAAAUUAAGGAACAUAAAGCUUCCGAUGAAAAAAUUGAGGAACAUAAAGUUUCCGAUGAAGAAAUUAAGAAACAUAAAGCUUCCGAUGAAAAAAUUAAAAAACAUGAAGCUUCCGAUAAAAAGGUCAAGGAACAUAAAGCUUCCGACGAAAAAAUUAAGGAACAUAAAGCUUCCGAUGAAGAAAUUAAGGAACAUAAAGUUUCCGAUAAUUAUUCAAUACUGGGCGAAAGAGGCUCAGAAAUAAC